AGUGUUCGGUCCAUGCCAUUUUACAAUUACGAAACCCACCCUUCUCUCUCUACUCUCUCUCUCUAAAACUCUCGAUUUCGACUCCCAGACAGAUGAUCUAGCGACGCCUCUUGUCCAAAUUCAUCACCAACCCACGUCGUUUCUUCGCAAAUCAUUCAUACCCACCUCCUUAAUCUUCAAAUCGUAUCUUCAUAGAUCGAGGGCAAAUUACCUACGUAAAUUCAAUGUGUUUCCCCAAACGGUGUUGCUAACAUGCACCUCCUUUAGGAACUACGUGCGUGAGGCCAUUUGUGUUUGUGUGUGGUGUGUUUACGAAGAGGGCUGCUUGGGCUUUGUUGGUGAAUUGCUUGGUGGUGUUGUGUGAAGAUGUCAAAUACUCAGGUGGUGAAAUUACGAAGAGAAUCGGUAGCGGCAUGCAUGACAUGCCCUAUCUGCAAUAAGCUCUUUCGAGAUGCCACUACUAUCCCCGAAUGCCUUCAUACGUUCUGCAGGAAAUGUAUUCAUAAGAAGCUCACAGAUGAUGAGCUUGAAUGUUGUCCAAUAUGCAAUAUUGAUCUGGGAUGUGUGCCUUUAGAGAAACUGAGGCCAGAUCAUAGUUUGCAAGAUGUCAGAGGGAAAAUAUUUCCCUCAAAAAGAAGAAGGGUAAAGGCUCCUGAAGUUGUGCCUUCAGUUACAUUACCAUUAAGAAGAAAAGAAAGAUCACUCUCAUCACUUGUAGUCAGCACUCCUAGAGUGUCAACACAAACUACAAUGACUGGCAAAAGGUCAAAAGUACCCUCAAGAAAGAAACCACGUGGGUCCUCUUUCUCUAUUGAGAAAUCUGUCAAGAAAGAAGAAAACUCCAUGGAUGAUCACCAAGAUAGCUCGAGUUCUCGUGAGAUUUCAAACAAAUUCACACAGAACAAUAAUUCUUCACCAUCGAGUGCCCCUUCACCUGAUAAAGAAACAAAGAAUGGGAAGGUUGAUAUGUGGAAACCUUUGAAUUAUUUGGUGGAAGUGGCAAAUAGGAGUAAAUCUUCUAAGUUUACUUCACAAGGGUCUAGUGUGAAAUCAGAACCACAAAAUACCCCAAAGAGUGAAGGGCAAUUGCGUAAACUUAAAGGAAAAGAUCAACUGAAGCGAUCAAAAUUUCAAGAUGAGAAUGGGAGGUCUGAUGUGGAUGUUACAGAAUCUGCAAAACCCAAAAAGAUAAGAAAAAAACGCAAAAACAAUGCAGGUAAUGCCACUGUAAUGGAUGCUGAUGCUAAUAAUGCUGCAAUGGAGAAAAGAAUAAGUCCUAUUUGGUUCCAUUUGGUGCCUUCUCAACAACAGGAAGGUGAACCAUUGGGCCAGAUAGAAGGAAGUUUUGUCAGACUAAAGGAUGCAAACAUACCUGUUUCAAUUAUCCAGAAGUUUGUUAUGAGCAAACUGAAACUCGCAAGUGAACAUGAGGUUGAGCUCAGAUGCAUGGGUCAACCACUGGUGCCAACGUUGCUGCUAGGUAAUCUCAUGGAGCUGUGGCUACAGACACAGCCAACUUCACAGACACUUUCCGUCAUAAUCGGCUCAUCAGCUAAGGAAUACAUGAUGGAGAUAUCGUAUGCUAGAAAGAUUUCCACCCCGAUUCCGAUUCCGACCCCGGUUCCAAUUCCAGUUCCGGCUCCAGCUCCGACUCCGACUCCGACUCCGGCACCGGCACCAGUGACUUGACAGCUAUGCCCUCCUUUGGUUUCCGCAUAGUAUAAGAAAUGGAAGGACAAGAAGCUGAGAUGUUCUAGUUUUAUAGUUUAUGUAUGAGACAAUAUGACUAAUUAUAAAGUCUUAACUUACUAUAUAGUUGUAGGUUUGUGGUUUUUUUUACUACAUAUGUUGGUGAAUUUUCAAAUGUUGUCACCUUUGAACCCUCAACUUUUUAUUAGUUCGUAACUAUUGCUAGUAUUUCUGCCUU